AUGGAGCCAGUGCAGUACAGCUACGAGGAUUUCGCUCGGUUUCCCACAAUGGUUUUUUGGUUGAUGGGUUACGAUAUGCUGGGCACUCCGAAGACCCGAUCCCGGAGGAUUCUGUUCCGAGUAUUUCGCUUCCUUUGCCUCGCCAGCCACAGCAUCUGCGUGGGAUUCAUGAUAUUUCGAAUGGUUGAGGCAAAGACCAUUGACAAUGUACCGCUGAUCAUGCGAUAUAGUACGCUGGUCACCUAUGUGAUCAACUCGGACACCAAGUACGCCACCACCUUGCAACGCGUUGCCAUCCAAACUCUGAACUCCAAACUGGCCCGACUAUAUCCGAAGACCACGCCGGACAGGCUGUAUCAUCGGGUGAAUGAUCACUACUGGUCAAAAUCGUUCAUAUACUUGGUUAUUAUCUACAUUGGCUCGUCGAUAAUGGUGGUCAUCGGACCGAUUAUUACAUCAAUAAUAUCUUAUUACACCAAUCAUGGAUUUGCCUACAUGCAUUGCUAUCCCUACUUUAUUUUUGAUCCCGAAAAGCAUUCGGUUUGGAUCUACUUGGGCAUUUAUGCUCUGGAGUGGUUGCACAGCACCCAAAUGGUCAUCUCGAACAUUGGCGCAGAUAUCUGGCUGAUUUACUUUCAGGAGCAGAUUAAUCUUCACUUCAGGAACAUUAUACAAUCGCUGGAGGAUCACACGCCGAGUGUGGAGAAUGAUCAUGAGGAUAGACAAUUCCUGGCGAGAAUUGUGGACAAGCAAGUUUAUCUGGUCAGUAUGCAAAAUGAUCUGAAUGACAUUUUUGGAGGAUCGCUGCUGCUGAGCCUGCUGACCACCGCAUCGGUUCUCUGUACAGUGGCGGUAUACACCCUGCUUCAGGGAGUCUCAUUGGAGGGCUGUACCUAUGUGAUUUUCAUCGGGACUUCGGUCAUGCAGGUGUACUUGGUGUGCUAUUACGGUCAGCAAGUCCUGGAUUUGAGUGCUGAGGUGGCCCAUGCCGUGUACAAUCAUGAUUUUCACAACGCCUCUAUAGCUUACAAGAAGUACCUGUUGAUAAUCAUUAUAAGGGCACAACAGCCCGUGGAAUUGAGUGCCAUGGGUUACCUGCCCAUAUCGCUGGAUACGUUUAAGCAGCUGAUGAGCUUUACUUACCGCGUUAUAACCAUGCUCAGGCAGAUGAUUCAGUAG